AGUUCCUGGUUCAAAGUCCAGCUGAGAGAAGUGGUCCAGAAUAACAGUUAACACUGGAGAUGUUUAUAGAUCUGUAUUUAUUGGUCGUACAGGGUUGUGUCUGAUCAGAGACAGACAGACAGACAGACAGACAGACAGACAGACAGACAGACAUGCAGCAGUCUGUGGAGGCUCUGGUCCGGACUGCUGGAGCAUAUACAGGGAAGAGAUAAGUUAUCAGGGGUACUGUUAUGGCCUCUCAGCUGGUUGGAGGCUCUCUUCCGGUCGGCAAGGACGCGGAGGUUUCAUCCAACCGGCUCGGGAAAAGUCUGCUGCUGUUUUCUGCUCAGCUCAGCCACUGCCGGACGUGCUUGGAGGCUGUUCUGAUGUCUGUCCAUGUUGUCUUACUCCCCGACAGCUAUUGGGAUGGGAGCCGGGAGGAGGACGCAGGUGUGCGCUGGAUAUCGGUGCUGACCAACGUGGCCGACCAGCUGUACUACCCCUGUGAACACAUCGCGUGGGCUGCCGACGCCGAGCUCAUCAAAGUGAAGUCUGAUAAGUGGUGGCUAUUCAGUACAAUGCUGUGGGGAACCUCGCUGCUGCUGGGAAUACUCAGAUCCCUCCGAGUUCUGCUGCUCCUGAAGAAGAAGCUGAAGAAGGACAGAGGUGGCAGCAGUCGCUCUCAGCUCCGCAGACAGAUGCGAGGGGAGCUUCUCUCCGUCCUCAGCAGCAUGGCCGACCUCAGUAAUGCCGUUCAUUGGAUGCCGCCCGGCUUCCUGUGGGCAGGACGAUUCCCCAACUGGCUGGUGGGGCUGAUGGGCACCGUCUCGUCUGUGAUUGGUUUGAUGCAGAUGAACGCCGGCGACAGCUACCAGACAGACGGCACAUAGUCUUCACCUCACAGCAAGGAACAGAUUAGAUGCUUUGAUGACUGAGUGAGUGACGUUUAUUAGUGGAAAAUGCUGAGUGAAAGGAUGUUAAAUCUCUGUGGAGAUUCAUUUUGUAGCCGAUCAUCCAAGUGCUUAAUGAGAUGUGACUGAAAGCUUCCUGAAAAAGUGGCAAAACAUCUUUAAUUCCUUCUGAUUUUUUAAUGAUAUUUGGACGUUUUCAUCCGUUAUCACACAGUUUGAGGUCAGAUUUGAAGAUGAAAUCAAUCAAUUAAAUGUUCUUGUACUACGCUCUUACUGCAGCAGUGUCACAAUCACACAAAUGUGAAAUAUAUAUUUUUAAUUCA